AUGGCUAUCUGGAAGAGGUUGCGGCAAUUGAAAGUUCCACCGAAAGUUAAACAUAUAGUUUGGCGAGCUCUAUCUGAUGUUCUUCCAUGUCGAUCUUCUCUCCGUGGGCGUAGAGUGUUGUUGGAUGAUUACAGUUCUUUCUACCUAUCUGAAGUCGAGACCACGUUGCACGUUUUUGUGCAGUGUCAGUUUGCCAGAAGUGUGUGGUUAUAUUUUCCUCAAAGUGAUAACAAGAAAGCAACUACUAUUGUGAUGACUUUAUGGGCGUUGUGGGUGUCUCGAAAUCUAUUAGUUUGGAAAAACGUUCACCGCAAUUCUUUGCAGGCGGUUUCUAUGGUUACUAGGUUCUUAGAUGAGUGGAUUAGAGCUAAUGUUUCUGCAAUAGUAGCUAGUAAUAGUAAUAAUGUCCACUCGUGGCAAUCUCCACCUACUGGGUUUCUAAAGGUUAAUGUUAAUGCUUCUAUUGGUUCAAGUACGAGAUAUAUAUUUAGGAAUCGCUGCGGUGGUGCGUAA